CUGUGAACUCAUUGGUGCGUUGAUCGUGUUGCGCUUUAUUUUGUUCGGGUGCUUCCAGGACAUAUUGAACGACGAUAUUGUUUUUUCUUUGUAAAGAGAAAUAUCUGCAUAAUGCGUUAAAGUUAUUUAGUAUAUAUAUAUAUAUAUAUAUUAUUUUUUUUUGUUUUUGGACUCUCACUACCGUGGCUCUAUGUCCUUAUUUGGUAUUCCCUUGGUAGUGACCACAUACUUUACCGUAUUGAUUUAAAUUCUACUGGAGCGGUAUGUCAACGGAGAACCAUGCAACACCCCCUCCACCCCCACCUCCACCCACUUCAUUGAUACGCACGGUGUCCAGCAAGAAGAAGCUUUACCAGGCUAUUGCUGAGGGAAAAGCCCCUGUAGAGGGGGACCAUGAAGAGGCAAAGCUUAUUAUUAGACAGAGAGAAAGCAGUUUUAGGAAGGAUCUACAGUGGUUGCUCUUCAAUAAGUAUGUGCCCUCGCUCAUUCAAGAUGGUCCACAGUGUGGUCUUGUGGCUUUAUGGAUGGCAACGCAUUUAUUGCAACCUCCAAAGAUGGUAUCCAUGGAGACAGUGACCCAGGCUGCUAGAGACAAGGGCUACACUGCACAAGGAGAAAUGUUUUCUGCCAGUGACAUGACCAAGCUGGCAGAUGAAGUGUGUGCGUGCAGAGUUCAGAGGUUAUCAGGGGGCAUGAUGGGAGACAACACUGCUGUCAUCCUUAAACAUCUCACUGGUGGGCAGCCUAUCCUCAUACCAUAUGAUGAGGAUUUUAAUCAUGAGCCCUGUCUACGCAAUGGCCACAAAGCCCAUUGGGCAGUUGUCUCAGGUAUAUUAUUGGGUGUAAGGCAGGGGUGUGUGGACAGCAAGCGGUUCCCCACUGAUGUCACACUGCCCUGGCUGCAUCUCUCUCAGAAUGGGGCCUCCAUUUCUUGGCCCACUGAUGGCAUUGAAGACAUGUUUGUUCUGGCUAAACAGGGAAAGAGUCUACGUUACCAAUUGUGGAAGUUUGAGACCAUUGCACAGAGCAAUGCUCAGCUCAAGGAAAUGGACCCUCAAAGAGCCAGUGAUGGGACGUGUUAUGUGCUUCCUCCUGGUGGAGUGCAGGAAGGUCUUGCAGGUCAAAUGGUGUUGCUUCACACUAAUACACUGAUGGCCUGAUUAAGAAUAGCACCAAACACACAUUUACAGACUAAAUUAUCUCUCUGGAGCUGAAAAUGGUUUAGUAAGCCCUGUGUUUCAGUCUUCAUCCACUAGGUGUCCAUAUAGUUCAUCUUUAAAGAUGCCAGACUAAUUAACAAUGAAUGGGAUAGGAAGCUAGUAAUAUCAAGGAAUUAAGAUACUUUAUUAAAAUCUUGGAGACAGAUGCAGAAAAGUAUAAUUAUAUUAUUUGCUCAUGGAUCUUAUUCAGAGUAGUGUUAUAUAUUACAUUUUUGACAGCAAUGAAAACAAUGCUCUGUGGCACUUUGUCACUGUGAAGUGCCUUGAUGAGUGCAGUUCAGUUUGGUAGGACAUGUCGAACAACUUGACCCAUUUAAAAAAACAAAUAGCCAAUAGACUUUAAUUCAUACACACACACACACACACACACACACACACACACACACACACACACACACAUAUAUAUAUAUAUACCCUUUUCCACCUUGUUGCUCAUGCCAGAGCAACUUUCCAGGUAAACUUGACAAGCAAUCUCAAUACCGACCAUUUUUCUAAAGACUUGAGAACAGAAUGAUGAUCUAACUGAAAACAUAAUACACAAAUGCACACAGAACAUUGUGGUCUUUGCUUACAACGAGGCUGGAGCUGUUGUGCAUGUCCAGUGCAGAUGAAUUAGAAACAAUUGCAUACAAAAAUAACAUAGUAUAUCCAUGUUUGAAUCACAAAACUAUAAGCACAAAGAAUAAAGAACACUUACUUGAGCUGUACAUCCCAAGAAACCUCAGACUGCACAACAAAUAUAAAUAAACUCCAGCAAAUUUCCUCAUGUCCAGCUCCCACAUUGAUUCGUCCAAUUUAGAAAUGAUCACCCCUAGGCACUAUUCCCUUUGCAUACAAUUACCCUGCACUGCGAGAGUUUCAGGUGGCUGAAAGAUGAUAACGGUCAAUCAGAACUCACUUUUUAAGAGAUUCUUAUUGGACAUUCUGUUAAGAAUGGCCGUACAGCAUGAAUUGUGCUCCCUUUGAAGUGCCCUAUGAAGGCAUGAUCAGCGCCAGUUAGAACGCAGCCAAACACACUGAACAGUUGUAGACAGAGUAUUCUCGUUAAAGAAAACAUUUGGUUAGUCAAGGUUUCUCAACCUCUAUGUGGCAUCAUGGAUGUUCUUGAGUCAUUUUAGCUGGAAGAGAGAGACUGCAGAUUUUAAAUGCUCAUAUCUUCUAAAAACAAAUUUUGUCAAUGUUUAGAAGUACACUAGCAUAUAGAUUUAAAUUUACUCAUUUGGCAGACACUUUUAUCCAAAGCGACUUACAAAAGAGGAAUAAUACAUCAUAAGCGAUUUAUCUUACGGACACAAUUUCCUCGUGUCCAGCUCCCACAUUGAUUCGUCCAAUUUAGAAAUGAUCACCCCUAGGCACUAUUCCCUUUGCAUACAAUUACCCUGCACUGCGAGAGUUUCAGGUGGCUGAAAGAUGAUAACGGUCAAUCAGAACUCACUUUUUAAGAGAUUCUUAUUGGACAUUCUGUUAAGAAUGGCCGUACAGCAUGAAUUGUGCUCCCUUUGAAGUGCCCUAUGAAGGCAUGAUCAGCGCCAGUUAGAACGCAGCCAAACACACUGAACAGUUGUAGACUUUCUCGUUAAAGAAAACAUUUGGUUAGUCAAGGUUUCUCAACCUCUAUGUGGCAUCAUGGAUGUUCUUGAGUCAUUUUAGCUGGAAGAGAGAGACUGCAGAUUUUAAAUGCUCAUAUCUUCUAAAAACAAAUUUUGUCAAUGUUUAGAAGUACACUAGCAUAUAGAUUUAAAUUUACUCAUUUGGCAGACACUUUUAUCCAAAGCGACUUACAAAAGAGGAAUAAUACAUCAUAAGCGAUUUAUCUUACGGAGACGUAGUAUGAAAAGUGCUGCAUUCCGAAGUUUCGAUUGCAUCAGAUAUAUACAUAUAUACAUAUACAGCACUGGAAAAAAUUGAGACCACUGCUAAAUUAUCAGUUUCUCUGGAUCUACUAUUUAUAUUGUUGGUAUUUGUUUGAGUAAAAUUAACAUUUUAGUUUUAUUCUGUAACUUACGGACAGCAUUUCUCCCAAAUUCCAAAUAAAAAUAUUCAUUUAUAUAUAGACUCGAGCAUUUAUUAGCAGAAAAGAACUACUUGUCAAAAUAAAAAAAAGAUGCAGUGUGUAUAAUAGAUGCAGAAUAAGGCAAAGUAAACAAGUUCAUAGUCAUUCUUAAACCACACAAUACUAAUGUUUUAACUUUGGAAGAGUUCAGAAAUCAAUAUUUGGUGGAAUAACCCUGAUUUUCAAUCACAGCUUUCAUGCGUCUUACACAUUUCUGUUGGGUGAUUUUAUGCCACUCCUUGUGCAAAACUGAGGAUUGUUUUUUUCCAGCAGGACAAUGCUCCAUGCCACACAGCAGGUCAAUCAAUGUGUGGAUGAAGGACCACCUAAUCAAAACCCUGUCAUGGCCAGCCCAAUCUCUAGACCUGAACCCCAUUGAAAACCUCUGGAAUGUGAUCAAGAGGAAGAUGGAUGACCGCAAGCCAUCAAACAAAGCUGAGCUGUUUAAAUUUAUGUGCCAGGAGUGCAUAAAGUCACAUUAACAGCAUGUCAAAGACUGGUAGAGAGCAUGCCAAGAUGCAUGAAAGCUGUGAUUGAGAUCAGGUUUAUUCCACCAAAUAUUAAUUUCUGAAAUCUUCCUAAGUUAAAACAUUCGUAUUGUGUGGUUUAAAAAUGCAUAUGAACUUGUUUUCUUUUCAUUAUUCGAGGUCUGAAAACACUGAAUCUUUUUUUUUUUAUUGUGACCAGUAGUUAUUUUCUGUAAAUAAAUGCUUGUAAUGGGUGAAGGAUGGGCAAGGAGGCGGGAACCGGAAGAACAGUCAACAUAACUUUAAUGACGUGAACGAGCGCACACACACACACACACACACAGCAGCCGCGUGUGUCUCUUUCUCAAACCGGUGUCUCCAGCUCCCCUUUAACUCUCUCUCCUGCUGAUUACUCAGCACCGGCCAUGCACACUCAUGCUCAGCAACACCCUCCUCCUCGUUACAAUGCUCUAAAUUACAAUCUUUUUUUGGGGGGGGGGAGAAAUGUUGUCAGUACUUCAUAGAAUAAAAUAAACAUUUUAAUUUUACUCAAAUAGUAAAUCCAGAGAAACUGAUAAUUUUGUAGUGGUCUCUUAAUUUUUUCCAGAGCUGUAUAUAUUAUACAAGUUUAUGGUCAAGUGCUCAUGAAAAAGUUGUCUUUAGCCUUCUUUUUUUUUAAGACAGGGAGUGUGCUUCACAGAUGGUGUUGGGAAGGUCAUUCCACCCACGAGGUACAGUGAAGCCGAAAGCCCGGGAAAGUGAUUUUGUGCCUGUUUGUGUUGGUGCAACAAUAUAGAUUACCUUAAAUCGAAGAUAUGGACUAAAACCAGCUAAACAUACAUUUUUAUUUCACUGGGUCAUUUCAAUGCUUGUACUGUUGUUUAAAGUGUUAUUUUAAGAUAUCUUAAAAUUAGGUAAAAAAAUCCUAUUGAUUAAAAACUCCAAAAGUCACAAGUUGUUAUAAUUAGAUGUACUGUAAUAUUGGACCUUUGCACAGCUUUAUAGAGCACAUGCCAUUAAAGAGAAAGUACUUCUAUUCCUCAAAGCCUCAUUUGCAUUCCUUUUAAAAAAGAAAUGACAAAGGGUUCAUAAUGUGCAAA